AUACUGAUAAUGAGGAUUAAAAGGCCACAAGUGUUUUGACAGUCAGUUGUAUUUUAAUUGGAGACGGGAAAAGAAGUAACUCAAGAAACAGUAAUCAAUCAGAAACUUUGAAAAAUGUGUAAAGCUUGUUGGGAAAUAAUCAAAUGCCCUGGAAAGGUUAUAUGCUGCUGCUGCGAGUGUGCAUGUAACAUGUUGAUGGGUUUCAUUUGUUCCGGAAUUGUUCUGCUAGUUGUCAUCGGCCUUAUUGUUUACUUUACCGUGUUCUACCACAAGGAUAGCGGAAGUUCGGACGAGGCUAAGCAAAUGACAGAAAAACUUAUCCAACAAACACCCCAGAACUUCAGAGAUUUCUUCAAGCCGCUAAAUUAA